GAGAACGGCUCAUGGAAAAUGGAUGUGGUGCGAGAGUGGUUCUCAGAGCAAGACGUUGUUCGUAUCCAUCGUACUCCGGUGUCUCUCUCUCGCAAAGACUGCUGGUUUUGGGUGGCGGAAACACAUGGAGUUUACACUGUGAAAAGCGCUUACAGGAAGCUGUGCGGGGAAGCAUCUCAGGUUAGCAUUUUUGACCGCUCGAUGUCAACUUCUGAUUUGGCAGUGUUUGCUGCGGGCAUAUGGGCAAUCUGGAAGGCCCGAAAUCAUGCUUGCUGGGAAUUAAAGGUAGUUAAACCUGAGAUCGUGGCGGAAUGGGCAUGUGAAGUACGCAUGGCCAGGGCAGGUG